AUGUCCUCGGAGACUCAUUUCGUUCCAAUUUCUUCCAGAAUAUCCUCUUCUCCUCCUCCUCGUCUUCGCCUUCAUUCAGUUAGGUUUCCUCCAUCAGGCACCGAAAAAGAGGCUCUCUUCUUCUUCUUCGGUUCAAUGAAUUUUAAAUUUUUUUUUUUUCGCGCGCUGUUGUGUCUCUAUUCUGCUGUUUUUUGCGACGAGUUUCCAGGUCAAUUGACUUGCGAUUUGGCGACAAAAAAAGCGAGAGUUUUCAUUUAUUUAUACGGCUUCUGGGUGGCUUUUUUCUAAGAAUUCGUCGCCGUUUCCAGAAUGCUCCUCCUCCUCCUCCGCUGAAAAUGCUCCGUUUCUCUGCUCUUCUCAUUCUGCUGACGGCUUCUGAAGUCGUCUCAGCCGCCGAUCAGGUAGGCAAGACGUUUUGCAACUGGGAGGACGUAUUGCAACGUUGCAAAGUGCCCAACGGGGUUGACCGUCAAUUUCUCGCAACUGAGAGGACUGCGAGAUAUGAAAAGUGUCUGGUUGCAAAGUGUCCGCACGUUUUCAGACAUGCGAGGACCGAUGCAAACGUCUCAAACAACGAUCACUCAGCCGAAUAGGAUACGACGACGAACGGUACACACUAUUUCCCUAUUCCGGAACCCAUAAAAGUUCGUGCUCAGAUUACAAACGUUAUUGGAGAGACAACGACCGCGGGAGAGCAUGAAAGACGUCUGCUGGAGGCUUUACGACAACCUCGACUGCAUGAAGAAGUGCCCCAAGUCGGAGAAGCACGCGAGUUUCGCGAAGCACGUCAGGAAUAAGUGCAAGUUUGUGCUGGAAGGUCAGUCGGGACAGGUUACUGUAGGGGAGUGUAUGGAACCAUAGGCUGGGAGGUAUGAAAUAGACAUUGCAAGGGCUCCCGGACGUCUCGACUCCGCGACGCUCCAAACCUUUACGUUGAUUGUUACGUCACCGACAGUGUUGAGCGGAAUUCCGUCUUCCGUCUUCCGUCUUCCGUGGUUUUUUUGUUCCGUCUUCCGUAAAAAAGUUUUCUUCCGUCUUCCGGGAUUUUUUCUUCUUACCGUAAAAGAGUUAUGGUUUUUCAGAAGCCAUUUGCUAGCCCCGAAGAACGCGAAUUUCCACCCAGAUCCAAAAUUUUUGCUGCUUUAGUUGUUUUUUUCAAAAAAAAAACCGGAGAAAAAGGUUCUGCACUGACGAUUUUUUUGUUCCGUAUUCCGUCUUCCGUCUUCCGAGAGAAAAAUUUUCUUCCGUCUUCCGUUUUCCGUUUUCCGUGUUCCGUAAAAAAAUGCUCUUCCGUCUUCCGGAUUUCAAAAUUCCAUUUCCGCUCAACUCUGGUGAACACUGCUGAAACUGACUAGAAAAGAAAACAAAAACGGUUCGUGUCGAAUCGAAGAGAUUCCAGAAAUGGAGCCGACGCUGAAGUGCAUCAGCAAGCACCACUCGUUCCUCACAAUGCGCUGCAGCUCUUUCCUGAACGAGGCGUCGCGUCUGCGCGCCGAAUCGGAUCUGAGCACGACGCCACGUCACGACGAGUGCCGAUUCCUGCACCUGACGACAAUCUGUCUGGAGAACCACGUGAACACGUUCUGUCCGGACGGAAGGAUCAUCUUCCGACGCCUCAAUUUCAGGUUCCCCUUGUGCCGUGUGUCUUCUGUGAAAAGUGAACAUUUGCAGAGACUACUUCCUGAGCUUCAUUCUUCCGAUGGACGACGAUUUGUUCGACGACGAAGAUCUGGAUAGCUGUCAGAUUUACGAUUUUGUGAAGGACGCCGAGAAGCGGGAGCGCGAAGAGGCGGAGAGAAAACAGGAGGAGGAGAGACGCAGACGGAUCGAGGACGACGAGGAUUACGAGGUGGGAACGAAGGGGCGGAAAGUAGCAAAAAUGGGUUCAGGAGGAGCUGACGACAAUUGUGAACGAUAUGGAGGAGGAUUCAGAAGUCAGUCUCACUUCUCAAAUGCCCACGUCAUCCGUUUCCACUCCGACAGCCAAAACUGCGGUCAGUUUUGAAACUUUUGAAAGUUUGAAUGCUCAAAAGAGAUUGUAGGAGCUCACAACUCUGCUCAACGACUUGAUCACUUCUGCGGAGCAUUCGGAGGAAGAGACUAAUCAAAAAGAGCACGAAAAGGGAGAAAAUGAGGGUGACGAGCACAGAAAAGACUUGGAUACUCUUGUGGAGAAGUUGGAUGGGAAUAAGGCGAAUUCGGAGGAACACACUGAGAAGGGUGGGAUCGGGGGACUAGUAUUGUGACGUCGAAACUCGUUUCCAGAUGAACAGUCACCGUCCGAACUUCCUCUAACUGACUCCACUUCAACUAUUAUCAUGCCUUCCAACCAGGAAGACUACCAAGAUCAAGAGUACUCGGAACAUCACUACGACGAGGAAUACGACGAGCCGGAGGAUAACAGCACGCACCCGACGAUCAGUGUCGUUUCCAUCGAAACGCGUCUCUCUGAGUCUGCAUCGGCGGAGAGCCCGGAAGGUUCGGAAGAAGAGCAACUCGUGGAAGUGACCACUCCGGAUGUGCUUCUCAAUUUGACGCCUCCGAAUAAGGUGGGCGAAGAAUCGGAAGAGAUCGUCACGGUGGAGACGACGACGACUGGGAAGCGGAAGGUGUUCUCGGAGGACAGCAUGGAGAACACACCGCCCAACUUCUUCUACUCCUCCAAUCGAUACGAUAGCACGACGCGCUCGAAUUAUGUCGCCGAUAAUCUCGAUUUACAGGUACCGAUGAAAGUGAAAACAGUUGGUUGAAAUAAAGAUUUUUAGGACAGCGAAGAGCCGCUGGAGAUUGACACUUCCACACUGUUCGGUAUUGAGAGAACGUCGACGGAAAUGACGACGAGUGUUCCGAAAAGAGUCGAUGGGUUUGUUGAGAGAGAUCGUCCGAGAGUUAUCGAUCCGAAUGUUCUCUUCAGAAAGCCGAGGCCCUGGCUUCAAGGCGGUGUCAUUGUGAAGCCGAUUUUGAAUUUCGAUCAGAUGGAUGUGGAUCAAGGUACACACAGUUCUCUCCGAAACACAACGAAGAGAGUAUUUCAGACGAAGAGCGUGAACGAGAGAACCGUCGUCUCCUCCAUCGGAACCUGACGUCUUCUACUUCAUCCGAAUCCUCCUCCUCCUCCCCAGACGAAGACGACUUCCUCGCCGAUUCGGAGGGCCCGUCGACGAACGAAACGCUCAUAGUGAUCGGUCUGAUCGCCCUAGUUAUCUGCCUGAUCUUCCUCAUCCUCCUCCUCCUGCUCGCCUAUUUCUGUUCGGCCCGGACCGACAGUUACAAUGUGCAAAAGGACGAGGCGAGUCCGCCCGUCUGA